AUGGCGGACCCAGACCCAACGUACUUUGAGGCGCUCGCAAAGGAGUCCCAUCUGGACGUAUUGCUGCCCCGAAGCCCAGACUUUGAUGUUGUGAAGCUGCUCCGCGGUGGCUUGCCGGACGACAUCUUUCGCGCUCCAGCGAGACGAAAUCUGUUCUUCGACGAGCAGGCCAACAUCGUCCUGGUCUUGCGAACAUCGGAAGCGCAGGCCAGGCUCCAAGAGACUCUACCAAGUCUCGAAAUAGUGCUGUCCGCUCACGCAACAGAUGCAGUGCCUCAAGGGGGCGGCAACGCUGCCUCAGCUUCUGGAAAGCAUGACCUCGACUCGAAGACUCUCGCUGCGGACACCUAUGAACAGCUAGUCACUGUCGGGGACAAGGCAUAUGUCGUCUGGAGGCCAUCGUUACGUCUUUCACGUCCUCGCGUCAGACUCCACCGACCGGCCAUCUACUUCACUGCCAAUCUGACGAUCGCGAACGAGAAUACGAGGGGCCUGCAGGGAGCGCAUCCUGAAUACUUGAAGAGCUUCGAGCCUUUGCCAGCAAAUGUGCUUGAGCCGCUUCAAUUCGACCCAGCACUGAAACAUACAGGCCUCUCGCUACCUGAAAGCAGGAUCACGAAAGUCGCACCACGCGCACCUCGUCUCCACGAUGCCGUAAAGCCAAUCCGAGGUGCAACAAGACGAGCCUUUCCUGCCGUCCUCGCACUUUUCACCAAGAUUAGAUAUUCGUCACUUCCAGACGCCGUUGUCGCAAGCCUACACCUGGAAACCUCACGGAUCAUUGCAGGAGUAGUGACGAUCAGCCGUGUUGCAGUCGAGGUCUCGCAUGCCAAAGUCGAGCAUUUGACAGCUUUCAACUUGCCGCUUGCGACUCAAGGUGGCGACGAAACGGUCGUGGUCUACAAGAUCUACCGGGACACCAGGCAUACUGCGCCAAUCAACAAUACCCAGUCCUUGUCGGUCACGGUGACCGCGAAAGCUCUCCUUGACCAAGGUUCCACGAUCGACUUCGAGCUGAACUGGCAAGCACAGGUGAACUUAAGCACGCCUCAGGCGAGAUCCGAGUAUCACUGGUCUGGUCCACUGAGUGGCAUGUCAGCGCACCAGCGAGGCAGCUCAACACAGUCAGGCUCCGGCACGAUAUCUUUCGAAGCCACCCAGAAGUCUACAGCAGACGAGAAUGCAAUCAUGAUCAGCAUCUCAGGGCCUGCCACGGUUGCAAAAGACUCCGAAUUUGCCAUAGACCUUCAGUGCAGCAACCAAUCCUCCAGGACAAGACGGUUUGUUGUCCUUGUGCUGCAACAUCGCCAACCAAAGACCGCAAGCUCAACACAAGCUACAGCCGUUGAUGCAGGACUUGUCGCGAAGAUCUUCAGCGUGCCGCCAUUGGAGUCUACAAAGCCACUGGACGUAUAUGUUCGAUCUCCUGAAUUCCGUGUCGGUCCUCUAGCAUCAGGUGCUUGCUUCGAAGCGCAGCUGUGGUUUCGCACCGUGUCUACGGGAUUGCUGAAUCUAGGUACGGCGAGGAUCCUGGACCUUGAUACCAGGCAAGUCAUUAAUGUUCGGGAGCUCCCCGACAUCGUCGCUUUGGGCUGA